AUGCAGCAUGCCGAGUCACCUCUCCCUCCAGCACACGCCGACCCGCACCCAUUGAGCCCGCCUGCGACCACGACCGACGACCACGACCAGGCGACGACGACGAGGGGGGAGGACGCCGGCCACGGGCCUCGCGUGCCCGAGGGGCAGCAGCAGGGCGCGUCGCAGGGCGAGCAGGACGGUGCAGGGGUCAGCACGCAGGGCACCGCGGCGCAGCAGGGCGGCGACGGCGCACGAGGGCCGCAGGGAGAUGCCCCCGCGGGGGAGGACCAGCAGCACGCGCUCGCCCAGGAGGGGCCUGCAGCGGGUGUGCACGAGCUCGGCACCAGCGUCAGCGACGCUCAGCCGGGCACAGCGUCCGCCCAGGGCGGCGACCGCGCGGGAUCGGCUCUCGCCUCGACCGGCGACGACGAGUCGUCCGCCGUGCGCGCCAGCGCAGCGCCGCAGGACUCGCCUGAGACGCCCGCCGUCGAGGGCAGCGGUGUUGUGCUCGAGCAGCCCAAGCCGAGCAACCCGGCGCGCGAGACGAGCUCCCUCCUCGCCCCUCCUCCCCCGUCCCUGUCCGUCACCGACGCCGCCGCACCCGCCGCCGACUGGCCCGCACCGACCCCACCACCGCCUUCCUCCUCAUCUCCAGCUCCCUCGACAUCGGCCGCCGCCGCGCGUACCGCCAGCCCGGCGCUCUCUGCCUCGCCCGGCCCAGGCGCAACCUCGUCGUCGUCCGAGCGGCCGCCGCCGGCCAAGAAGUUCCAGAGCUCGCUCGCCGUCAACAAGAAGUUCCUCGAGAAGGCUGGCGAGAAGGCCAAGCCCGAGGUCAAGCCCGUCAUCUCUCGUGUCGCCACCUCGCCCGCACCUACCCCCAUCUCGAGCACGCACCCUCGUCUCGUCGCGGGCAAGCUCUCGUCGGGUCCCUCGCUGUCGCUCGGCACGGGCGCCUCGUCGACCUCGUCCUCGCCUGCCACGAGCACGGCGGGCUGGGGCGCCAAGAAGCCCUCGACGCCGACGCCCGGCUCGUCGUCGAGUGCGAUGGGCGCGCAGGGCUCGAGCGCGGCGGGAGGGGCGGGCGGCGCGCAGGGCGCAAAGGGCGGGCCCGUGUGGGGCUCGUCGCCGGCGGCGGGAGCGGCGUCCUCGAGCGGGCCUGCGCCGCUUGGACAGCAGCAGGAGCAGCGUGCGGCGCCGAGCCAGGCGUCGACGCAGGCGUACGUGCCGGGCGGCAUGAGGGGCGGGCCGCACGGCGGGCGAGGAGGUCCGGGCGGGCCAGGCGGGUGGGGCGGCGCGAGGAACAUGGAGAUGGACUUCCCGACGGCGGCGGAGGCGGCAAACGCCAAGGACGCGCGGCAAAAGGCCGUGGCCGACCAGGUCCAGGCGCGUGAGCGUGCUUCGCAAGCCCGGGCGACGGCGGCGGCGGCGCACAACGCGCACUUGCUCGAGGAGCUCGACGCGUUCCGAGGCGUGCACCUGGACCCGAAUGCGACGCACUGGGACGAGGCCGACGACGACGACUUCCUCGACACGACGAUCGAGUUCGCCGACGGCACGCAGUACAAGCUCGACGCCGCACCUUCGACGCCGGCCGGCGACGACGAGCUGCGCGAGCCCGGCCCGCGUGAGCUCGCCCUGCGCGAGCGCCCGCUCGCUCCCGGCGUGGUCGUCGAUCCGCCGAGGCGCGAGGAGCGCUUCGGCGACGACUACGACCGCUCGUGGCCGCGCCGACCGUCCCGCUCGGCCGGCGAGAACCGCAACCUGUUCAACGACCGCCUCGGCAAGCUCGAGCCCGCCGCAUCCGGCGCUCCCGAUGCCGCACACCCGCCGCCACGGCGCGCAGGCGCAGAGCCGACGAGCAUCCUCCGCUCGGGCGCCGGCGCCGGGACCGGCGGCCACAGCGACCUCCCGCCGCACCUCGCCCUCGGCGGCCACGUCCCGCCGCCGACGUCGGGCCGUCGUCCGAGCAUGACGUCGCCGAGGCUGAACUCGCACGCGCCGCUGCACCCUGUCGGCCGGCGCGAGAGUGCCCACGAGCCGGCGGCGCGGCCGCUCGCGUGGGGCGGCGCAGGCCAGCGCAGGCCCAGCUCGACGGCGCAUGCCGGGCCGGGCCUCGGUGCGGCAGCAGCAGGGGCGCAGGACCGCCAGCUGCCGCCGCACUUGGCUGCGCGCGCCGCCGCGGCCGCUCAGGCCCCCCUGAGCCCGUCUCGUGGCUCUCGGCGCCCGUCGGUCCCGGCGGCAUCGGCCGUCCUCCCGACGUCACCGACUCGUCCUGCAGCGGCGAAGCAGGCCCAGCCGCUCGCCGCUCCUCCCGUCGCCGACGCGACGUCGUCCGCCGCACCUGCACCCGCAGCGGCGGUCGCCGCUGCCGCACCGCCGAGCGCCGCACCAGAAGCCGCCGCUCCUCCCCAGCCAAGCAUCGAGGAGCUGCACGCUCGCGAGAUGCACGCGGCGGCCGAGCGAGCGCGCAAGCGCCGCGAGGAGGAGGAGCAGAAGCGGCUCGAGCAGACGGAGCGCGCGAGGAAGAAGGCGCAGGAGCUCGAGGAGAAGAUGAGGGCAGCCGACGAGGCCAAGGCCAAGGAGAAGAAGGAGAAGGAGGAGGCUGCGCGACCGGCGCCGAGGGAGCGGGAGAAGGAGCGGCGGCCGAGCGUUGCUGCGGCGCAGCCCGGGCCGCCCGUCGCGCCGGCGGACAAGGCGACGUCGUGGCGCGCCGCGGCCAAGCCUCUGCCGUCGCAGGCUGCAGCGGCGAGCGCGGCUGCCACCGGCAAGGCGUCUGACGGCGCGUCGUCGAGGCGCCAGGCGCGCGAGCGGCCGUCGGCAUCCGCCGCCGCUCCUCCUCCCGCCACCGUCCCCGAGCCGACCACUAUCCUCCCUCGUCCUUCCGCCCCGUCCGGUGCAUCGGCCUCGCAGCAGCAGCCGGCGGCGCAGCCUUCCGUGUGGCGCCGCUCGAGCGCGUCCGCCGCUGCACCGCCAGCCGGCCCGGCUCGUGCGCUUGUACGGCAGCUCCCGCCGCACCUCGCCGCGCAGGCCGAGGCCAAGGCUGCAGCCGUCGGUGCCGCGACCGCCGCUGCGCCAUCGCCUUCCCCUCCCGCCGCCGAGGCUGCACCCCCUCCCUCUGCCGACCUCGCCAAGCCGUCGACGCCGCCUCCUCCGCCAGCCCUCGCCCUCGUCUCGCCUCCGACCUCGCCGUCGCAGGACCGCAAGCGCCAGGACCCCAACGCGGCCGCCAAGCACGGCUACAAGCUGCCCGCUGUGUCGCAGUUUGACGACCUCAUGUCGCGCAUCAAGGGCGUCAUGACGCGGCCGUCCGAGGGCGCCUCUGCCGGCGAUACAGCUGCGUCCUCGAAGGACGAGGGAGCGUCUGCCGAUGCGGCGGCGGCCAAGGCCGACGUCGCCGCCGCCGAGCCCGUCGACGCUCCCCUCGUCGAGGUCCCGACGGUCAAGCUGCCGCCGCGCACGCGCGCAGGCAAGGCCGCCGCUCGCGCAGCAGCAGCCGCCGCACAUGCCGCCACCCAGGUGCAGCAGCCCGUCGUCUCGCUGCCGGCGCCGGCCGAGCCUCGCGGGCGUGGACGUGGUCGCGCCGCCGACGCACCUCGUCAAGCCCGUCAAGCCGCGCCCGUCCCGGCGUUCGAGUCGCGCGAGCCCGUCCUGCCCUACCACUCGUCGCGCAUCCCUCGCUCGCAGUCGCCGCCCCCAGCCUGGCGCCAGUACACGAUCCGCCUAGCCGCCCAACCUCCUCGUCGUCCUGUCGCCGCUCGCGUCCUCAAGAACUUCACCAACCCGGGCUUCCCCAAGCCCCUGUACCCGUUUUCGUGGGACCCCGUCCUCAAGGACGUCAACCCGCGCCGGCUCAACCGCGACGACAUGCUCAUGCCCAAGAAGUACGACAAGCACGGCAAGCCCAUCCACGUCGUCGCCCUGCCCAAGCGGCGCUUCUCGCCGCGCUCGAGCGCCGUCGAGCCCGAGGUCGAGCCCGAGAUCGUCGUCAGCAUCUCGAGCGUCGCGCUCGUGCGCCAGGUCGCGCCCGAGCCCGCACCGCCGGCGGCGACGACGAGCUUUGAGCCCGCUCAGCCGCCGCCCGAGGGCCAGGUCGUCGACGCGGGCUUCGCGCCGUUCAGCGGCAAGCCUCGAGGCGACGGCCGAGCGGCCGAUGCAGGCGCAGCAUGGCGGCGCGAGGGCGGCGAGGGCGGUGCCGAGACCGCGCCGUUCGCGCUCAGCGGCGCCAGCGGGCAGGAGGCCAAGUUCACGGGCGCGCUCAACGGCGAGAAGAUCGAGGCGACGCCGCGCAAGGUGACGACCGCGCCCGGCAGGGACGCCAACGGGCUCAGCAAGCCUCCAUCGUCGCCGCCGUACAAGCCGCAGGACCUGUCGCAGGUCGCCUCGUCGCCGUCGGCCGCCGCAUCUUGGACGAGCAAGAAGCUCACCUACUCGGCGCUCGACCCGACGGCGUCGUCGGUCUGGUCUGCCGCGCCCGAGGAAGGGAGCGUGCACGCGCGCCACAUUGCGGCGUCCAACCUGCCCGAGAACUCGCUCCAGGGCAUCGUCGACGAGGACCCGUCCGAGGCGCUGCCGAGCUCGCUCGCCGAGCUCAAGUCGGAGGACGGCCACUCGAACGCCGACCACAAGGAGCUCGCCAAGCAGGCCGCCGUCACCAAGGACGACGCCAAGCUGCGCGCUGCGGCCCCGUCGUUCUCGUCGUUCCUGCACGAGUCGGCCGCCGCCGUCGACCCGAGCAUGUCGCCCUCGGCGGCACCGCCUCGUCACUCGCAGCAGCAACAGCAGCAGCACUCAUACCCGGGCUUCCCCGGGCAGGUCGCGCCGCAGCCGAGCCGGUCGCCCAUCGCGGGCUACUCGGCGUCGCACCCGUUCUCGCCGCACCUGUACGCCCCGCAGCGGCCGAUGUCGCAGCAGCAGCAGCAGCACGCGCUGUACCCUGGCUAUCCGGGCCAGGCGCCGUCGCCGUUCGCGACGCAGCCGAUCCACCAGGCCUACGCGUCGUCGCCUUUCGUCGCGUCGCCGGUCCCGCCGACGCACGGCUACCCGUCGCCGUACCGCGAGUCGGCCUCGCCCGCCUUGCCGCACGGCAUCACGAACCCGGCGCUCAUCGCGAGCUACAGCAGCUACGGCCUGCAGCCGCAAAUGGCGGCGCCGGGCGGGCCCGGUCGAGGGUACGGAGCUGUCGGCGCCAUCGGCGGUCCUCCCGGGCCGGGUCCGAUCGGCCGGCCGCCGCACCACCAGCAGCAGCAGCCAUCGCAGCAGCCGGGCGCGCCAGGCGCCAGCAUGUACGGUCGUGCGCAAGCGCCGCUCGGGUACCACCUCGGCGGCGGCGGCGGCGGCGGGCAGUACGUCCACUCGUUCCAGCACGCGCACCAGCAGCAGCACCACCAGCAGCAGCAGCACGGCGGCCCGCACCCUGGCGUGCCGUACCGCAUGGACAGCUACGGCAGCAACGACGGUCGCUCGUCGCAGCAAGGCGGCGGUCCGAGCGGGUACGGCGCGCCUCCUCCGCCGUCGGCGGGCACGACGAUGGCGUCGCCGGUCAUCAUGCCGCAGCAGCUGCCGCCGGUGCCUCACUUCAGCCCGGGGCACGCAGGCCACCACGUGCCGCUCGGCUCGCCGGUCGCGAGCGCGCAGGGCAUGAGCAUGGGCGCGAGCGGCAUGGGCGGCGGGUACGGGCACGGCUACGGGCAGGGCGGGUACGGGUACCCGUCGCAGCAGCAGCAGCACCAGCAGCAGCAGGGGCGGCUCGGUGGAGGAGGGCAGCCUCAUGGGCGGCCGCCGCAGGCAGGAGGUGCGAGGUGGUGAGAGGAGGGGAGCGCGAGGCGCGCCUAUCUUUCCGGGUAGUUUUCGUGCGACGGUGCAUGAACACUUCUGAAGCCCU